CCUCAUAAUAAAUAAAGUUCUGAGUUGGUCAUCCUGGAGAUGUACUGGGAUGUAAUGAUCAAAUGUACCACAGUUUUGGCCCAAUGUCAUUCACCAUAAAAGACUAAAAGUUAAAUGCCUUUUCCAUGCUUAUGUUUACGAUCACGACUAACAGAACGAGUCUUUCCUUAUUUCCAUGUCAGAUUUGUCAAUUAAGAAGUGUGUGCCCUGCAGCAGAAAGGAACUGAGGCCUAUGACUGAGGAGGCAGCUCAACAUCUGAUUCGACAGGUUGGUGAGUGGAAUUUGGUGAAUGAAGGUGGUACAUGGAAGCUACACAGGUCAUGGAAAGUUAAAACUUUCAUGAGGGGAAUGGAGUUUUUUCAGCUCAUAGCUGCUCUUGCAGAAGCAGAAGGUCAUCAUCCAGAUAUUCAUCUUGUUGGGUGGAAUAAUGUGAAA